UAUUUACAGUUUGCAAUCACGUGAGCAGCAAUAAUCACGUGCCAAGAUUUGUCUAUAAUCACUUAAAUCAGCAUCUAAUAGGACAGUGUGAUGAAUUUGGACACAUCUGGAAUGGGUUUUGAGGAGGAUGUGACAACCCAGCUGAUGAUCGAGAGUCUCCGAGAACAAGGGUUGGUCACGAGCCCUUUCUCCGGUGAAUCCUGCAGAAUCAUUCAGAUCACCCCUGAGAGAGAGAAGAUAUCCAGUGCAAUAAAGCAUGGUGAUGAACAGUCCCUCUGUGAGCUGACUGUCCACCAGCAAGCUUUCUCUGAAGAAGACGACACAGACUACAUCCCCUUACACGAGGCAGCCAUACAAAACAACCAGAACAUCCUUGAUCACAUUUACUGGUCUGUCUUGAGGAUCCACUUUGUUUCUGAUCGUCAUUGUUGAUUUUAUGUGUCAGGACAGCAGCGACUGAUCUCUUCUGUUCAUCAGCGUCUCCCAAGGAUGCCAAGCACAGAAAGACUCACCAGGGUAAGACGCCUCUCUUCUUAGCGGUGGAGAAAGGG